GAGAGAGAGAGAGAGAGAGAGAGAGAGAGAGAGAGAGAGAGAGAGGGUAUAUUUAUAGCUCAGAGCGAGGCUGCACUAGAGAGAUAAGGCUCAAACUGACUGCAGAUAGAACAACAGACAGAGAGAGCGAAACGGAGAGAAACAAUGAACCGAUUCGUGUCGUUGGUGUUGCUGUGGACCCUGGCGGUCCUGUCCACUACCGGGCCCGUUACCGGGGCUGAGGAAGGGGAGAUCUCGUUCGAGUAUCACCGGUAUGAGGAACUACGGAAGGCUCUCGUUUCGGUAUGGCUGCAGUGUCCAUCAAUCACGCGCAUCUACACGGUGGGGGAGAGCUUCGAGGGCCGCGAGCUGCUGGUCCUGGAGAUGUCAGACAACCCCGGGACGCACGAGGCUGGUGAGCCAGAGUUUAAGUACAUCGGAAACAUGCAUGGCAACGAGGCGGUAGGACGGGAACUCAUCGUCUACCUGGCUCAGUACCUCUGUAACCAAUACCAACAGGGCAACGAGUCGAUCAUCGAUCUGAUCCACACCACACGUAUCCACCUGAUGCCCUCCAUGAACCCUGAUGGCUUUGAGAAAGCUGCCUCCCAGUCGGGGGAGCUGAAGGAUUGGUUCGUAGGUCGUAGUAACGCCCAGGGGAUUGACCUGAACAGGAACUUCCCUGACCUGGACCGCAUCGUCUACGGCAACGAGAAGGAGGGCGGAGCCAACAACCACCUGCUCAACAACAUGAAGAAGGCCGUGGACGAAAAUACCAAGCUGGCUCCAGAGACCAAGGCAGUGAUCCGAUGGAUAAUGGAGAUUCCAUUCGUCCUCUCAGCGAAUCUGCAUGGAGGAGAUGUGGUGGCCAACUACCCCUACGACGAGACACGCAGUGGUUCGACCCAUGAGUACAGCGCCAGUCCUGAUGACGUCACCUUUAAGUCUCUGGCGAAGUCCUACUCCCAGUUUAAUCCUGUGAUGUCAGACCCCCAACGGGCUCCGUGCAGGAAGAACGACGAUGAUACCAGCUUCACAGACGGCAUCACCAACGGAGGGGCCUGGUACAGCGUACCCGGAGGCAUGCAGGAUUUUAACUACCUGAGCAGUAACUGUUUUGAGAUAACUCUGGAGCUGAGCUGUGACAAGUUUCCUGCUGAAGACACACUGAAGACUUAUUGGGAGGAGAACCGCAACUCACUGGUCAACUACAUAGAACAGGUACACCUACACACACAGUGGAGAGGAUUAGUGUUUAACUGUUUGUCUAACCGUCUAACCUGUGUGUGUCUCCAGGUGGACUUUGAGCUGGAGUCCUUGGUAGAGAGGAAGGAAGAGGAAAAGGAGGAGCUGAUGGACUGGUGGAAGAUGAUGUCAGAGACACUCAACUUCUGAACACUCUGAUUGGUCCAUAGGGCCACUGGCACGUCUGAUUGGUUGACAGGUUGAUUGACGUGUGCGUCUACAAAUGGGUGUACUAUAUUGUGUGUUGUCCCGCCCACUGUACAGGUCUUCUCUCUUCUCUCUUUUUCUGUCUUUAUUUAAUUUGGUUUAAUGGUUGAUGUUGUUGUCAAGGGUUACCCCAUUCCAGGGGGCUCCAACCUUUUCUAGCAUGCGAUCUACUCAUUAUUUAUCUGGCUUUCCAAUAGGCCCUUUUCUCCCCUGCAACUCUUCCCUGGUCCUUAGUGACCUAGAGGAAGUAGGGCACUAUGUUGUCAACUCUUCCCUGGUCCUUAGUGACCUAGAGGAAGUAGGGCACUAUGUUGUCAACUCUUCCCCUGGUCCUUAGUGUACUAGAGGAAGUAGGGCACUAUGUUGUCAACUCUUCCCUGGUCCUUAGUGACCUAGAGGAAGUAGGGCACUAUGUUGUCAACUCUUCCCUGGUCCUUAGUGUACUAGAGGAAGUAGGGCACUAUGUUGUCAACUCUUCCCUGGUCCUUAGUGUACUAGAGGAAGUAGGGCACUAUGUUGUCAACUCUUCCCUGGUCCUUAGUGUACUAGAGGAAGUAGGGCACUAUGUUGUCAACUCUUCCCUGGUCCUUAGUGUACUAGAGGAAGUAGGGCACUAUGUUGUCAACUCUUCCCUGGUCCUUAGUGUACUAGAGGAAGUAGGGCACUAUGUUGUCAACUCUUCCCUGGUCCUUAGUGUACUAGAGGAAGUAGGGCACUAUGUUGUCAACUCUUCCCUGGUCCUUAGAGAGGAAGUAGGACACUGUUGUCAACUCUUCCCUGGUCCUUAGUGUACUAGAGGAAGUAGGGCACUAUGUUGUCAACUCUUCCCUGGUCCUUAGUGUACUAGAGGAAGUAGGGCACUAUGUUGUCAACUCUUCCCUGGUCCUUAGUGUACUAGAGGAAGUAGGGCACUAUGUUGUCAACUCUUCCCUGGUCCUUAGUGUACUAGAGGAAGUAGGGCACUAUGUUGUCAACUCACCCUAUAAAAUCUGUUAUUAUGUUUUCUGUCAAUAUACCUAGUUAAUAAACAGCUCUAAGGCCCUAUAAAAUCUGUUAUGUUUUCUGUCAAUAUACCUGUAUAAUAAACAGCUCUAAGGCCCUAUACAAUCUGUUAUGUUUUCUGUCAAUAUACCUAGUUAAUAAACAGCUCUAAGGCCCUAUACAAUCUGUUAUGUUUUCUGUCAAUAUACCUAGUUAAUAAACAGCUCUAAGGCCCUAUACAAUCUGUUAUGUUUUCUGUCAAUAUACCUAGUUAAUAAACAGCUCUAAGGCCCUAUACAAUCUGUUAUGUUUUCUGUCAAUAUACCUAGUUAAUAAACAGCUCUAAGGCCCUAUAAAAUCUGUUAUGUUUUCUGUAA